AUGCAAUCACCGAGAUUUGUUGACAUUGCUUGUGUGGAGAAAUGCCGACAGCAUCAACACAAUAUCAUUAUCUAUUAUUGUAACAUACAUGACGAAAUCGGUUGUUCCGAAUGUAUGUCAACAACCCACAGGGCAUGCGCCACUGAAUGUAUUGGCGACAUUGCUCAAGGAACUAAGGACUGCAUUGAGUACACGACUUUGCUUGAAGAUCUAGCUGCGAUAAAAAUCCAAGCUGAAGAAAAUGAAAAGAAGGCUGUGGAAAAUAAGCUUAAUUCUGAUAUAUGUCUAUCCACUGUAAUGCGGGACAUAAGAACGUUUAGACAUGACAUUGAUGCUCGCUUAGAUCAGAUGGAACUUACAGUAUCAAACAAAGCUAAGGAAGUGAAUCUAGAAUACCAGAUAGAAAUGAAUGAAAUAGUAACAGAAAGUAAAAACAUUCAAGAGAAUGCUGAAGAACUGUUAAAAGAAAUAAAAGGUAUUGAAGCUAAGGAAACAAAACUAUUUAUAAAAAUGAAACAAAAAAGAGUUGAUGUUUCGAAAUAUAAACAUGGUACUGAGCGGGACAAAGUACACAGAAUGCAGUCUUUUACAUUUGAACCAAAUUCAUGCGUGGCAGAUAUCUUUAGAACUAGUGAAUCACUGGGGAAGCUGCUAGUUAACAAUUUGAGCGAUGAGAAAGGAUCGGUUUUUGACCAAGCCGGGACUGAAGAAAACAUUGAAAAUGUGACGGAAGACAGUUCCGAACAUGAUGUUCAAAUCAAACAAGAUAUGUAUGUAGAAAGUAAAGGUUUAAAGGAUGAAGAGUUAGGCACAUCGGGUGAUACAAUGGAAGACACUAAACUUGAUAAGGAAGUCAAGGGAUGUGAUGUCAUUUAUCAAAGAUCAUCAUUUAGCACAGAAGAUGGUAUAAGUGAUAGACAAGAAACGAAUAAAGAUGAGCAUGGUGGUUCUGAUGAACUUAAAGAAAUAGAAAUAUGCGUAAAAGGUAGAUUAAAUGCAAAGUUAUUUUCUGACAAAGAAGAUUGCGAUAUUUCUGGUAUGGACAUGCUAUCUGAAAACGAAAUUGUUCUUGCAGAUUAUAACAACAGAUCAAUCAAAGUCGUAGACAUUAUACAGAAUAAAAUCACAGAUGAAAUCAAACUUGAGUAUCAUCCAUAUGACUUAACAGUUCCAGACACAAACACAGUGGCAGUAACACUAACAAACACAAUCCAGAUGAUUGCAAAAUCUCAUCUUUUGCGACUCGGUGACAGUAUAAAUGUAGAUGGUGAAUGUUACGGAAUAGCAAGCAGUCGUACAAAAUUCUUUGUGUCGUUUAUCAAACCAAAUCCAAAGGUAGAAAUUUUAAAUCACCAAGGAGAUGUUUUACAGAAAUUAGAGAUGGAUACUAUCGAACGAAGAAUCUUUAAAAGGCCUCGGUAUAUAGAUGUUAGUCCAGAUGAAAAAUUCAUCUACAUUUCAGAUUUUGAGACAGAUAGUAUUAUAAGAUUAAGUGCUAUUGACAAGCAGACAAACGUUUUCACAGAUGCAACCAUACUGAAUGGACCGUACGGGAUUCAUGUAGGUGAAAAUGGACACGUUUUAGUAUGUAACUAUGGCAACGACAACAUUUUUGAGUUUUCUGCAGACUUAUCGAAACACAAAAUGGUUUUGUCGCAGACUGAAGGUGUGGAGUCGCCGCAAUCUAUAUACAUGUGCAACAAGGAGAAUAAAUUGUUCGUAGCUUGCACAGAUAGUGCCGACUGCAAUGACAUACAAAUUUUCAGUCGCAGUUCAAGAUAA